CCACGGAAAUAAACAGUGGAUUAAUUAUUCAUAUCAAUUAGCUAAGGCACAACGCGAUUUGAUUUUGUAAAUGGGGAAGAGAACCGCUCAGUAUUAACAUGUUCCACAAACUAGUGUUUUCUGUUUUGUAUACAAUUAUUUUUAUACAGUGUUUAUUAGAAACUACUGAAUGUUCCCAACAAAAUAAAACUUUACACCACACUCGAAAGGCCAGUUUAGAGAAUAAUGUUUUUAAAAGGCAAAAAUUAGCCUAUCGAUCCUUCCAGCCUGUUGCUCCGAAGGCCCGAAAAAAUUUCUACCCAAGAAUAGAAGAAAGAAACGACUACGAUCUUAAUGCUUACGAUACCGAGUAUGGUGGAGUGGUAUCUAAUUUCACAUCCUCGAUAUACGAUGACAAUCCGCCUUUAUAUCCGAAUCCUGAAACCAUAUCAAAACAUAAUAAAGGAUCUAAUAACAAACAGGUCGAAAAGAAGACUCAAGAGCCUGAAGUUGAAUUACCAGAUGAUUCGCUGGCAGACGCUGACUUGAAGGAGCACAACAUGAUUGAUAGUAUCACCUACCUAUAUGGAUUUAAUAAUUGCCACGGAGGACGAAAUGAAUGGAUGAUAUUGAUUUUUAUAGCAAGUGGGUUGUCUGUGAUAUGUCCAGUAGUUACUCUAUUAUGGCUUAUGUAUAACAAAACUGCCUCAGAAUUUCGAAGCUCGAGCAAAAUUUACCCCAUCAUAACAAAUCUAUGCUGCUGCCUUAUGACUUGUGCUACUAUUUAUAUACAAGCAAUAAUGGGCUCAUCUUCACCUACGCGAUGUGAGAGGAUAGCUCUGGUGUUGCACUACACACAUAUCUCGUGUUCUAUGUGGAUAGUGGCACUGGCCGCAGCGGUCGCUGAGUAUAGCUUAUACGAAUCAGUCUUACCCCUGAAAUACAAUUAUUUAUUAGCCUAUGGUGUACCAGCUGUGAUUGUUAUGUUUUCCUAUGCUCUCUCUUUGGAACAUUACGAGAUAAAGAACUAUUGCUGGAUGUCAAUAGAGAAAGGCAUGGUGAUGGGUUUCAUGAUACCGGCCAUGAUACUGAUCGUAAUAAACACAGGAAUCGUAAUUGUCGGAUUGCAGAGCGUGAAUAGGAAACAUUCGGAAAUGCUAGCGUCUAAGAUACAGGAGCUUGUCGAUCAUCAUGUGGCCAACUGGCCGAAGGAUCAGAAUGAAAACGAUGAGAAUAUUGAGCAUAAUUUCUCGCCAAGCACAAGCAGAAAGAACACAGACAGUACCGACACAUUGGAUAAAGAGUAUGAUGAGGAUGACUGCCAAUACCCGGAAACUAGUGAUGGUGCAAACGACAAUAAUUUAAAAGAGAUCAACGACUACUUAAAAACACUACACGACAAGGGUUUUCUGAACAUGCUUUACAUGGAUAACCUGUCGUUCAAAUGGAGUUGGAAUACUGAGGGCAAUCAAUUGAAGACAUACUUGAAUUUGUGUCUGGUGUUGGAGCCGUUCUUCGCGAUAAACUGGGUAAUGGGUGUGGUUGCUAUUGAGAACGCAAAUCAUUGGUCCACGCCGGGUAUUUACUUGAUUCUAGUUUUGUCGAUGCACAUAUAUUUAGCGGCUACUGUAAUGACUACAUUACCGAUAGUUCAGAAUAAAAAUACGGAAUGUUGCGAAGAUGUCGUCAUUGAACAAUCACUGCCGCGGUCAAGGACCACCGACGACAUACCACUUUUGGACCCAACUGUUCAGCAACCGAGCGUUACCCUUGCACCGGCAGACACAAUAAGUACCAUAAGUAUAUAAACUAGUAUAUAAUUUCGCGUCAGGGAUUUAAUAAAAUAAUCGACUGUCUUCAAGUAGUAGAAUAGUCCAACGUUUAAUGGUAAUAUUUAUUAAGUGGCAACACUAAAUAAAAAUUAGGGGAAAUCUUCUGCAAGUCACAGUCCACAGAAGUUUUUUUUAAUGAAUACUGAAUAGUACCGUACGUACCGAGAGAUUGAAUUUUGUAAAUAAUUUCGUAUCGAAAUUAUGGUAAAAUAUUGUAUGCAAAAUCUAUAAGUAAUGAGUUUGAAAUGUGUUCUAAAUUUUUAUCUAUUUAUCUCCUAAAGUUCUAAAACUGUAGAUUUCUUAUUACAAAUAAGCAGUCUAAUACGAUACAAUUUAUUAUAAUAAGUACGAUUAGUAAACUAUUUCUGUAAAAAAAUUAAGCCAGAUUACAGCCCAAACAGUAAAAUAGAGAUACAGGACAGUAUCGAAACAAGACGAUCAUAAUAAUUUAACUUUGAUAUUUGGUAGCGAAAAUGCACGCACAUUGCAAUUUGCACAGUUGAGUAAAUUGAAUGUUUAGCUGUUAGCAGAUUCCACGAUCUUAUGGCCUAAUUUUUUAACGAAUUAUUUACAAAUUACAAGUCAUUAAGCAUUAAUUGAACUUUAUAUA